AGAAAUAAAUUAAAUAUGAGUUUAAUAUUUGGUCAAUUAGUUAUAGGUCCACCUGGAAGUGGAAAAACUACAUAUUGUCAUGCAAUGGCUAAAUUUUUAGAAAAACUUGGGAGAAAAGUAGCUAUUAUUAAUAUUGAUCCUGCAAAUGAAAACAUGGAAUAUUCACCUAUAAUAAAUAUAUCUGAAUUGAUAAAGCAUGAAGAAGUGAUGUCACAUUAUGGACUUGGUCCAAAUGGCGCAUUAGUUUAUUGUAUGGAAUUUUUAGAAGCUAAUAUUAAGUGGUUAAUUACAAAAGUUUUAAAUCUAAAAGAUUAUUAUCUUAUAUUUGAUUGUCCAGGACAGGUUGAAUUAUAUACACAUCAUAAAUCAAUUAGUAUAAUUGCAGAAAAAUUAGGACAAAAUUUAAUAAGAUUAUGUAGUGUACAUCUUGUUGAUUCUCAUCACUGUAGUGAUGCCGGUAAAUAUUUAUCUUCUUUAAUUCUUUGCACAACGACUAUGUUAAAAUUAGGUUUACCUCAUAUUAAUGUGAUGACCAAAUUUGAUGAAAUGAAAAAAUUUAAACAUUGCUUAGAUUUUAAUAUAGAUUUUUAUACUGAAGUAUUGGAUUUAAAAUAUUUGCUAGAUAAGUUAGAUGAAAAUCCAUUUACAUCAAAAUACAAGAAACUAAAUGCAGCUUUUGUGUCAUUAAUAGAGGAUUAUAGUCUUGUCAGUUUUAUACCAUUAGAUAUUUCUAAUCAAGCACUGUUAUUACAAAUAAAAAAUGCAGUGGAUAAAGCUAAUGGAUAUAUAUUUGGUGGAAAUGAACCUCAAGAUGUUCAAACUUUACUUGCUUGUGCUGUAGGAGCAGUGAGUGAAACUGAAAAAAUAUCUACUAUAGAUACAUAUUUUUAAAAUAUUUUUUUAAGUUUUUUGUUUAUUUUAUAAAAAUCAAUUAAUUUCAUUAUUAUAUCUGUAUAUUCUAUUAUAUAUUAAUAAAACUUUGCUAUAUAUUAAAUAAAA